CUCACUCUCUCUCUCUCUCUCUCACACACACACACACAACUAGAUCACACAAACAAUGAUUCCUUACGGCGACAUGCUCAAAGGAUCAUUUGAAUGUAAACAACUUCAAGUAUCCUCCAUUGUCAGAGAUGUGAACUACAGCUGUGGUUCGUGUGGUUAUGAGCUGAACUUGAACUCCAGCAACCGCAACACUAGUCUCAUAGACUCAAAGUCCAUAAAGAGAGGCAUAAUUUCCUUCUUCUCUGUGGAUGAGAGCAGGUUCACUCAGAUCCAGCAACUUCCCUGGUCAUUUUGGAUUCCCUUUUUCAACUCCAAGCGCCAACAAAGAACCAAGCUCCUUUGCCGCAACUGUGCCAGCCACCUGGGCUAUGCCUACACUUUGCCCUCCCAAUCCCAAUCCUGGGAUGGCAUCUCUGAUGAUUCCAGAAUUUAUGAUAUAAAACUCACCGCUUUGUUACCUUCCUUCUGCGAGGAACCAUCUCAAAGGUUAGAGAAUAUGGCCAAGUACGAGAGUGCAUCUUCCACUGUGGUGUUCUAAUUCUGUAAGGAAAAGGGACAUAUACAGUUUCUUGUUUACUUUUAAAGUCUAGGGUUGGUCGGGGUUGUUUUGUAGUGAUGUGAAUCAAUGUAUUCUACUUUUUUAUUAACCUUAGUGUGAUGAUAUUUUGUCAAGAUUCUUUAUUUUCUUGAAUGUGUUGAAUGUGCUUGGUUGAUCA